UACAAGAACAAUGCUGAACAGUUAUCUGACACUGAUUGACAUUAGCAUUUGGACAAUUUCCAUUGCCAUGGUGACAGAGGUGUGGGUGGAGAGUUCAGGAGUGUCAGAGGUCGUAUUGUGACACGCCCCCAGACAGGCCAGCCAGUCAGUACCGGUGGCCAGCUGGGCAGAACAGGUCUUGAAGAAAUGUGAGGCAUAAGAAGACGAGACUCCAUCACUGGUAGUGGAGAGAGGGUUAAAUAGAGGAGUAGUCGGAGGAAUGGGGUUAAUGGGGGAGGGAAAGGAUCCGUAACGACCGACUUUCUCCCUGACACGAGACACUAGUUCUGGGUUGGGGGAAAUCCCCAGUGGGGAGGUGUGGUCAACAUUCCAGCCCCGCCCCCUGGUCAGGACGUGCCUUGCCAGUUCUCCCAUCUCCCACUCGGGAAAUGGACAAGCCACACCCCCUCUCUGCUCCCUCGUCACACCCUGCCUUUCCAUCCAAUCAGAGGAUUUUGUCCCAGCAGUCAUCUCAACGUAGAGUCUUGUCAACCAGGCAGAGCAGUAGUCCAGAUAGGCACAUCGACUGUAGACUUUACUUUGUUCCUUCAGCCACACUGCACUCCCCAGUCUUGCCUCCAGGCGCCCCUGAAGAUCUCUUACUCUCAGUGCAGUGCUGCAGGCCACCGUCUCCUCACCAUCUCCGGCAGAGAGAGGGACGACCGCAUGUCCGGGGGACACUCCCGGACCUAGUGGCUCGCAGGAUCCAGUCAGAAUCACAAGGUUUGCCUGCUCUGUCUGUUUGAACAUCUCGCUCACCAUCUUGGGAAAAUGUUCUGGUCGUGAUGGAAACGCCAGAGUAACUAGAGUCCCUUCUUUUCCGAAACCACUCCCACACGAGCUGCGAAGGAGGUGGUCUGGACCUCCUUGCCGUGGAGGCAGGAAGUCAGUGUCAGUGAAGGUCUUCAGGAGAUAGGCGGCCAUUGCUGCAUGCUGGGGAGACGGGCAGUGCCAGAGGAUACUGUAGCUGACAGGCCAGAGUAGAGAGGCCAGACUAGGCUGACAUAUCGACAACACCUGAUGAAACGCCUGCAGAGCCUCCGUCGGCCUCGUUUUCAAGAGGUUCACCAGCGCCCCGGUCUGCUCGAGGGGAGUUACGUGCCUCAGGAGAAUUUCGUCCUCGUCCUUGGAGUCGAACAAGUCGGGGAACAGCGUCCUCAGUCGAGUGAUGGUCUCUCUCGGAUCCAGGUGCUCUGUCAGCUCCUCCAAAUGUUCCUCCAGCCACCACUUCUCCUUCUCCGACAACGCCAUCUUGUUGUUUAGCUAGAGUUCCGAAAAUGCGCAUGCGCAUUUCUUUUAGCCCCGCCCACUAAUUAGGUGCCCUCGGCCGAGAUGAUGGCUACUGAACAUGAAGAAGCCACUACCACCAUGAUAAGGCUUCAGAGCAGCGACGGGAAGACGUUUGCUGUUCCCGUGGAGGUAGUCCGUGUCUCUAGAACCAUCGACACCAUGCUCAAAGGUACUCCGGAGAUUGUACAGCGUCGGCAAUCUAGUCUGUCUGGCAUGCAGAACUAGGUGCAGAGCCAGAAGACGUUAUUCCUCUGCCCAACGUCCACUCCAGGAUCCUCAACAAGAUUCUGGGAUGGGCAGAGUACUACGUCAGUUCCAAUCCUCCGGAACCAGCCCAGCAGUCAGAGCUUCCCCCCACCCCUCCUCCCGCCGCCCCCUCCACCUCUCCCUCACUACCGCCACCACAACCAAGACCACAGCCGAGGGUCCCGCAGAGGUCAAGAGCGCAGCUGCUGCCUCCACCCAGCCACACCCUCACUCAGUGGGAACGAGAAUUUGUGGCAAAAAACAGAGAAGACGUCUACGACCUUCUACUGGCCGCCAAUUACCUAGAUAUAAAAGGACUACUGGACAUUCUGUGCAAGGCUGUGGCAGACAUGAUACAAGGGAAGGACCCGCAGCAGAUCCGCAGAGCUUUCAACGCCUCAGAGCCCUCCACAAUCACCACUUACCCCCCUCCCAUCCCCUUCGAUGGCACCCCUCUCCCUUCAUCACCAGACUCACUCCCCACACACCCUCACACAUAGCACACACACACUCCACACACACUCCACACCCACCAAUCUCAGAGUUAUAUAUAGACUGUUUUUUCAACUGGACUAUGACAAUAUCUGUUUAACACACGGAAGGGUGGAGUGUUAGGUUGACUAGGACUUGUUGGGAGCCUCCAGUUCGUCAAGUGAUCGGUCAAAAUGGAGGAAAUCACGGUACCUCCGGAGAAUGGGGAGAGCUUUAUCCUCGAGAGCCAAUGGAGACACGCCCACAUCUUCCAGACGAGGGACUCCGGGCGUUGCCUUGUUAG